GAUUGAGCCCGUCUCGUGCCACACGACGUUUCCGACCCCCGUGCGGCUCGCGCGUGUCGACUAGACCCCCGGGCGUGAAACAGGCGGCCGCCGAGCGGCGCGCCGAACCUACCGAAAAUGCUCCUCCUCUUCGAGACGGCGGCGGGCCACGCGCUCUACGAGCUCAAGAACGCGGCGAAGCUCCAGGGCCUCGACAUCGCCAAGGUCGGGGAGAAGUUCGCGACGGAGGCGGGCUGCGAGAAGAACCUGGCCCUCAAGGCCUUCGCGCCCUUCAGGGACACCGCGGAGGCGGUCGCCGCGGCGACGGAGCACGUCGAGAGCAAGCUCGGCAAGCCCCUGAAGAAGUUCCUGAAGAAGCACGUCGGCGACAAGGCCUUGAGCGUCGAGCUCGGCGUCGCCGACGCCAAGCUCGGGAGCCUCAUCAAGGACAAGCUCGGCAUCCCCUGCGCGGCGAACGCGUUCGUCAACGAGUGCCUGCGCGGCGUGCGCUCCGUCGCGACGCCGGGCGUGUUGGGCGACGAGGCCGAGCUCGGCGAGAUCGCCGUCGCGGGGCCCAAGGAGGUGCGCGCCAUGCAGCUCGGUUUAUCUCAUUCCCUGAGCCGCUACAAGCUCAAGUUCUCGCCCGACAAGGUCGACACGAUGGUCGUCCAGGCCGUGGGCCUGCUCGACGACCUGGACAAGGAGGUGAACACCUACGCCAUGCGCGUCAAGGAGUGGUACGGCUGGCACUUCCCCGAGAUGGCCAAGCUCGUCAACGACAACGUCCACUACGCGAAGAUCGUCCGCGAGGUGAGGGCUAGGACGGCCGCGAAGGACAAGGUCGACGAGUUGACGGAGAUCCUCGACGACGAGGUCGCGGCGAAGACGCUCGUGGCCACGGCGGAGAUCAGCAUGGGCACGGAGGUCGACGAGAGCGACAUGGAACACAUCUGCAACCUCGCGGUCCAGGUCGUCGAGCUCUCGGCGUACCGCCAGCGGCUCGCGGACUACCUGCGGAGCCGCAUGCAGGCCAUCGCGCCGAACCUGACGACGCUCGUGGGCGAGCUCGUGGGGGCGCGUUUGGUGCAGCACGCGGGGUCCAUCAUGAACCUCGCGAAGCACCCGGCGUCGACGAUCCAGAUCCUCGGGGCGGAGAAGGCGCUCUUCCGGGCGCUGAAGACGAAGCACGACACGCCCAAGUACGGCCUCAUCUACCACGCGUCCCUCAUCGGCCAGGCGGCGCCGAAGCACAAGGGCAAGAUCGCCCGGGUGCUGGCGGCCAAGUGCGCGCUCGCGGUCCGCGUCGACGCGCUCGGCGAGGACGACGACGCGACGAUCGGCUUCGACGCGCGCGCCAAGGUCGAGGCGCGCCUCCGCCAGCUCGAGGGCGGCAACGGCGCCGUCGCGCCGGCGACGAACGGCGCGCCGAAGAAGCUCGUCGAGGUCCUCGACGCGGCCGCGGGCGCCGCGGGCUACUCGGCCGCGUCGGACAUGGAGAAGAAGAAGCGGAAGAAGGCCGAGGCCGACGACGACGACGACGACGACGAGGCCGCGGCGGCGAAGAAGGCCAAGAAGGCCGCGAAGAAGGCCAAGCGCGAGAGCGAGGGCGACGAGGAGAAGCCCAAGAAGAAGAAGAAGAAGUCGAAGGACGAGUAGCCCCGCCCGCUUCGCCCCGUGAUCGUCGUAAACAAGCAAGAAAG